UCCUGAGCAGAGAGCUGCCAUGUGCACGGGGAAGUGUUCAAAGUGCAUUGGGAUCACCCUCUUCCCACUGGCAGUAUGUGCCAUUGUCUCCAACAUUCUCCUGUACUUCCCCAAUGGACAAAUACUGCAGCUCAGCGAGAUAACUGAUUUGGUCUGGUUUUUCCAUGGCAUUCUGGGAGCUGGGAUACUGGUUAUUUUGCCGGCAUUCAUGAUGCUGGGAGCAGGUGGAACAGGAUGUUGCGCUAACAGAUGUGGGAUGCUGCUGUCAGUGAUCCUGUCUGUGAUGGGAUUUGCCGGAGGAGCAUAUUGUGUGGUCAUCUCUUUGUUGGGGCUGAUUGGGGGUCCUCUGUGUGACACAGGUGAUGGAGAAUACCUCUACCCUUUCAGGAAUGACACUCUGGAAGACAAUUAUUUGUUUAACCAGACAACAUGGAGUAUUUGCAAACAACCUGAAAACAUCAUCCUUUGGAAUAUCGUCCUUUUCUCUAUUCUCCUGGUCACUGGUGUAAUUGAAGCUAUUCUUUGUUUCAUUCAAGUCAUCAAUGGACUCACUGGCUUCAUAUGUGGCACAUGUAUGAGGAGAAGAAAGACAAAUAUUUCUGGAAUGUGAAUGACCUACAAGGAAUGCCAAGACAAGCC